ACGGUCAGCUGCCCAGUCAAUUUUCGGGUGCUGUGCGGGUUGUGUGCAUGAAUCAGCGGGCAAAAGUGCGAAUCAAGAUGUCGUGGAUGGGGACUGGUGGUGCCGGUGGCGAUGGGCCCUGGGAAGACGGCUACGAGUGUUCGUGGGAAGCUGCUGCAACCAACGUGACGACGCGGGGACAUAGGCGUCGAAGGGGCAGAGAGCUCUGCGAACUGUCUCCAGGGACCCAGUCAUCGCAGAGAAGAAUUCGCAGAGAGAAUGAGAGACAGCGCAGCCUUCAUAUGGCCUGCACGCUGAUGUCGGUGACGAGCCUGACGCCCGGCUGCGGUCCGGACGUGGUGCUGACCCGCUACCAGCGGCUCAGCCAGCUGGUGCGCUACACCGCCUUCCUGGAGGACGCCACCAGCGCGCUCGUCAAAGACGAUGAGUUGACACUGCUGAAGACGGUCGGUCUCUGGAUAACAUUCUGA